CAGUUCUCACUUCUCUUAGUCUCUAUAAACGUCACAAAUUGACAAAAUUGUCAAUAUCAUCAACGAAAAUUAGCAUUUUUCAGAUUGCGAUUUGCUCGAAAUAAAAGCCGAAUGCAUGUUACAGUUCAUUUGAAUAUUAAUAUUUAGUAUUUUAUCUUGUGUAGGAUCUAUAAAAAAACAGCAUAAUGAAUCCGAUGUCAAUGGACAGGGAUGAGCCGUCGUCUUUGUUGUCGUUUUCGACUAACCACCCCCUGGAACAGUUUGUGCUGCUAGCAAAAGGAGCCAAAGGAUCAGCAUGUGCGGAGCUCAUCAAACAAGUGCUCGAAGCUCCCGGAGUUCAUGUUUUCGGCGAACUGUUGGAAAUGCCAAAUAUAAAAGAGCUUGAGACUGGACUGUAUGCAGCUCACUUCAAAACGCUCAAUCUAUUUGCUUAUGGUACAUACAAGGAGUACUUGGAAAACAAAUCGGAGUACUUAGAGCUCACACCUGCACAGUGCAAGAAGCUGCAGCAUUUGACCAUAGCGACGCUAGCUACACAGGAGAAAUGCAUUCCGUACAACAUGCUGCUCAAAGAGUUGGAUAUAAAGAAUGUCAGAGAUCUUGAAGAUCUUAUCAUAGAAGCUAUUUAUGCAGACAUAAUCCAUGGUAAGCUAGACCAAGAAUGCAAACGCCUUGAAGUCGACGUAGCCCUGGGCCGUGACGCUCGCCUCGAGGACGCAGCUGGCAUUGCCGACGUACUUGCAGACUGGUGUAAUGCCUGCGAGGCUGUCCUGAAUUCGGUAGAUCAACACAUACAGCGUGCCAACCAUCACAAACAAAGGGCUAUCAGGCACCAACAGACAAUCGAGCAGGAGGUAAAAAAAAUUAUGUACAUAAAGAAGACUCUAAAGACUCAAGCGGAGAGCGAGGAGUCCGCCUCGGGUGGCGGCACCGAGAGCCACUCGGCCCCAAAGAAGAACUCCAGCAAAGGCAAAACACCACGGAACGCCGCCAAGUUCUGGCAAAAGAACACAUAACCUGCAAGCGUAAUCAUAGAAUUGUAAUUGUAAUUUGUGAUACUGUUAAAUAAAUACUUAUUAAGUAAUAAACCUUUACUUGAAAUAUAAAUGAA